GUGGAAUAUACCUCCGGUGAUAUAUAUUUUAACUGCUUUAAUUAUUAAUAAGCUUAACUAUGAUUAUGUUAAUAUUAUUACAAAUAAAUUCACAGAGGAUUGUUUAAAAUGCACAAAUAUAUCAGAAGUUCUCAAUUCAGAAUCUAGUUAUCUUACUUUAGAAUUCUCUUAG